CUCACACUAUUUGAUUAAAAAAACUUAGCCAACACCUAAGAACAACUCAAAAGAGGCUCUUCCUCCAUUUUGUUUAAGCAAUUCCCAUUUGCAUUCCAUUGCUGUAUUUUCUGCCAUCUGCAUCCCCUCUCGUUCACCCUCAUAUCCCUCCAAAAUUUAAGCCAAUGCCAAUGACAUUACGACACCGAUGAUCUUGUAAUAUUUGAACCAUUCGUAGCUGCAAUCUCCUUUGUUUCUUGAUGUAGUACCUUCACUUUUGCCUGCACUCAUCAGUUUCAAGUAUUGUUGCAUAGAUUUUGUGUUAAAGGGAGCCCUCAAGAUUCACAUUGCUGAUUGAUCGUAAAUCACGUUAAGGGGUCGAAAAAUCUUCAAAGAAGGAUCAUUAAGAAGAUCAAAUUGCAAUAUAUUGAUGUUUUCUUGCAGCGUUUGAUGUUUGAUGGUAUGAGUUGUACAAGUUAAGGCAUGAAGUGGAAAUUUUGGUUGUUUUGAUGGGUUCUAAAAGGAAUUGGCUCAUCGUUUCGGUCAUGUUUUAUUCAUUGUUAUGGCUACAUGUUCAAGCAUCAGAAAACUACACUCAGGAUUCACUGAAUUCUUUCCUUUAUGAUUAUGCAUUCAAGAAAAUGCCCAGGCCUCUUACAGGUAGACUUUACAAGGUUUCUGCUCCUGUCAAUUUAUCGGGCAUGGAAGUUUCGUUCAUUCGCCUCAGGACUCAUAGUCUGUGGAGGAAUGGGGUUAACUUGAGUUCCUUUGAAAUCCCACCAAGAAUACUGCCAUGGCCUUUCACAAGGAGAGUUGACAUUCUCUAUCGAAAUCUAGGGAACUGGUCAACAUAUUACUACAGCGUGCCAAAUUACACGUUUAUCACUCCUGUAAUAGGAAUCCUAGCCUAUGAUUCCAGCACGACCUCAAUCAGAAAUGGACUCGUUGAGCUUAACACAACUGAAGACAAUCCCGUUGUCGUUAGGUUUCCAAAUGUUCCACUUGAGGUAGACGAAUUUGGAGUAAAGUGUGUUAGGUUUGGCACUAAUGGCACGUUGGAAUUCAGCAACAUGAUUGCAAGAAGUUGGUGUGCUUCAAGGGGUCAGGGGCAUUUCUCAGUUGUCGUUCCUUAUUCACCAAAAACGGAGAAAAAGAAGAGGGUGUUUAGGUGGUGGGUGGUGGGAAUUCCAGCAGGGGUUCUGGGAAUAGUCUUGUUUCUUGUUCUUGGAAUUGUGGCGUAUAAGUUCUUUAAAUGGAAAAGCAUAAGAGAAAUGGAGAGAGAGUCUGAAAAAAGUGAAGGCUUGGGCACAAUUUGGGUUGGGAGUAGUAAAAUGCCUUCAGCUUCAGGUAUCAGAACACCACCAGUUCUUGAAACUAGCUAUGUUCCUUGACUGGUUUUCCAGUUUCUUUCCACUCCAUUUCUCUUUUCUUUCUUUUUUCUAUUUUUUUUUCCCUUGUGCAAGUGAAUAUACUUUGUGUACUGUGUUAUAGUUAAAUUUGAAAUACAUUUUCUUGCUCCAUUCUGCAUAUAUUAAUUACAUUGGAAAUGACAUCUGAAAGCGUUAUUUCUCAAUUUUGCUGUCGUGUGUUUUUGUGUGAUAAGUAAUUUCCUGCAACCACCAGUUCAAUCGUCGACACUCUUGCAUGGUGGGUCGCAACAACUGUAGGUCCAAGCACACUGUGUGAGAGAGAGACACGAUCACACACCAAGAAUAUACGGACAACCUUGGACGGGUUGUUAAUUAUACUUUUCUCUGUAUUGCGCCGGAAGCAUUAUUUUCUAGGACGGCCAGUUGGAUUAUUUUGCUUUAGGCAUCCACCUUAAAUAUACUAUGUUGUUGUAUAUCGAAGUGGACCAUGAAUUGCAGCCUUGCAUAUUCAUCUGUGUAGUUUGAUUGACUUGAGGACUCAACCACUGGAGAUUUGUCUGUAGUGUGUGGAGAACAAGUUAUGAAUGUCACCCAAGAUUGGUUGUUAGGACAUUGCUUUCGCUUAAAAUAAUAUGCACAGAUGGUAUGACUUUAUACCAUAAUAAAUAUAGAA